AUGAUCGUGAGGGCGUUGCUCGGCCUCGCACUUCUGCCGUGCCUUGCAGUUGCUUCCUUUGUCAAAACCGGUAGUGACUGCCACAUUGUGCCUCAGCCGUUCAAUGAGGAAGGACAUGCCCAAGACGAUUCACCUUUCAUCAAGCAGGCUUUUGAUGAAUGUGGACAUGAUGGGCGGGUCAUCUUCGAGCCAGGUGUUUUCAAUAUCGAACAGGUGCUCAACACAACAGGUCUCGUCAAUUGUGACGUUGUCCUCAAAGGCGAGCUAAGAUUUUCGGAUGAUAUUCCUUAUUGGCUGAAGAACUCAAUCUGGGUCAUAUAUCAGAACCAGCAUACGGCGUGGCUUUUUGGCGGUGAGAAUGUCACCUUCACGACCGAGGAAGGCGGUUUUCAUAACGGCAAUGGCCAGGCAUGGUACACUCAGAAUCGCAACAGAGCUAAUCAGCCCGGCCGUCCCAUCUCAAUGACAUUCUAUCGGUCCAAAAACCUGACCGUCGAUGGUCUAUCCUUCAUACAACCGCAAUUUUGGGCUGUGCAUGUAUGGGAGAGCGAACAGGUCGUGCUAAGAAACAUCUAUAUUACUGCUACGAGUAACGAUCAAUGGGGCACCGUCAAUACCGAUGGAGCGGAUACGUGGAAUUCGCGAGACGUACUCUUUGAGAACUGGGACGUCACGAACGGUGACGACUGCAUCGCCGUCAAGGGAAACAGCACCAACAUUACCAUUCGUAACGCGACCUGCCACCAUGGCAAUGGCAUGACGAUUGGCUCUGUGGGUGAGUACCCCGAGUGGCCAGACUACGUCGAGAACAUCCUCUUUGAGGACGUAAAGCUCUUCGGCACCGAAGAGGGAGCUUAUAUCAAGAUAUGGCAAGGCGAGCCGUCGGGCGACUCGGACAAUGGCGCUGGUGGAGGGGGCGGAAGCGGUUAUGUGAAGAACGUCACUUUCCGCAAUUUCGAGCUUACCGACGUCCCUCUACCAAUCCAGAUUUCUCAGUGUAUUUACACGGAAGGUAGCGGGAAGUGCGACAGCUCCAAAAUGCAGGUCGCGAACAUCACAUGGGAGAAUUUCAAGGGCACAUCGAGGUUCAAUAUUGCUGCUUCGAUCCACUGCGUCAAAACACACCCGUGUCCAGGGCUGUAUUUCAAGGAUGUGGACCUCAAAUCUGUCAACGAGACUCUCGGACUACCCUUGACUAAUACGGAUCUGCCAUUCGAGGUGUUCCAGUGUGCCAACAUUGUGAACCAGAACUCGACCAGCAAUAUUCCCUGCAACUGGUAUGCCCCGAACAACUUCAAUCAGCAUGUGAAUGGGAAUAUCAGAUCCAGCGAGUAUGAGCAGAAGAAGGCUGUCGCAGCUGGUAAUGUGUUGGAGAAAGUCAAGCAACUCGUAUGGCGGCUCUCGCAAAGUCUUCUGAGACCCUUCAUCUAG